GAGCAGGACACGCCGGUGCAGCAGGCGGAAGGAAAAGUAGUGCUAGCAUGAGUGCAAGUCGUCAAAUUGGAGCAGAAAUAAAAUGAGGAAAAAUAUAAUUAAAUAAUUGUAAGUAUCGAUAUUUUAGCUAGGGAGAUCGAUACUCAAAAAUGAGCAGCCUGGAUCGAUAUAUCGACAUUUUGGUAUCGAUCCGCCCAUCCCUACUAGAAAGGCCAGUUUCCCUAAGCUGUUGACUACCCAAGUUAUAGUUAUAAGUUUCUUAAGUCUUAUCAACCACCUCUCAAGCCUGUAUAUGCAGCUAAUAAGUUCUCACGGUCUGUCAAGGUCUGUCAAAGUCAAGAUAAACGGAUCAGUAACAAAAGAACCAGAAGCUGUCUUUUAUAUACGAGAGGGAGUUACAGUGAGAACUUACUGCUUCAGAAGACAGCAGUGAGCAACAUAACCCAAGUAAGAUGUCUGAGAGUGGCAGAAAGCAUGAAAGUGUGCAGGGCGCAGACUCGCAGCCACAAGUGACUGAUGGCACAUUGGUCAGCAACCCGACUACCUCAGAAGAGCCACGACUAGGCCAAAGAGUCCGCAAUAGGACAGAAAAGGGUCAAGAACUGCACGAUGAGCAAUUAAGAAGAGUUGCACAUCGUUUCAGUGUGUGCUAUGACAAGUGGAAGGAUGCAACCAAAGUGGCCAAACAAGCGCUUCGUGGAGACAAUAGAAGUUACUCAGAUGAGCAGCUGAAUGAAUAUAUCACUCAAGUAUGCAAUGUAUCUAAGAGGCUGAAUGAUGUGUACUAUGAGUGGAGAUGCAUUGAUGUUCCUGACAAUGAAACACGUCGUAGAGCUGACACCUGUGAAGUAGUGACAGGGACAAUUGUCAAGGAAGCGAUGGACCUUCUAGACAAAAGGGCUAAAGGUCAAAGGCAUGAAAACCAAAUACUCGAUGACAGGCUGUCGGUAGCCUCACAUGAGACAAGCACUACCUCUAUCCACACUAAAUCCUCCUCUGCAAGCAGGAAAAGUGCAGCUGCUGAGGUUGCCGCUAACGAAGCUGCCUUAGAGGUCAUGCUGGAACAAGAACGUCGUAUUGAGGAGCUUCAGAAGCUGGAAGCUGAAGCUGCUGAGUUAAAAGCCAAACAAGAGGCUGAAAAUGCAGAGAGACAAAGAGUGGUAGACGCCAAACGCAGAGAACUAGAGAACGACUGAAGACUAUUAAGAAGCUAAACGCUGCUAAGGCACGGCAACAAGUAUAUGACCAGAGUGAAGGAUCAGGUCACGUGUCUAAGGGCAACUGCUCAGAUGAAGAAAUAAAUUAGCUUCUACAUCGUCGUGUCUCUGUGAAGAGAGAAAUUAAUUCUCGAACUAGUUCGCCACAGAACUGUCCUCCAACAAGGCAAAAAGACAGAGUUGAAGACAGCACGUCAGCUCUUGUCAGAGCACUUGCAGAAUCCAUCAGUGCGAGUCGUAUUCCUCUACCUGAACCCACAGUGUUCAAUGGUGACCCACUGAGGUUCAAUGACUGGAAGGUGUCCUUUCAGACGCUCGUUGACAGAAAGAGUAUUCCUGCAGAAGAGAAGAUAUAUUAUCUUCGCAAGUACGUGGGUGGAGCUGCCAAAAGAUCCAUAGAAAGUUACUUCUUGCUGGGCUCUGAGUCCGCCUAUUAUGCAGCAUGGCAAAUGCUAGAAGAACGAUAUGGCAAUCCAUUCCUAAUCGCCAAGGCUUUCAGAGACAAGAUCGACUCGUGGCCCAAGAUAAAUUCCAAAGGCAGUGUGGAGCUUCAAGAACUUGCUGACUUCCUGCGCAGCUGUGAGUCUGCCAUGUCUCAAAUCAGAGGUCUUGAAAUACUAAAUGACUGCAACGAGAACCAGAAAAUACUCUCCAAACUACCAGACUGGUUGACCUCAAGAUGGAACAGAAAGGUCAUUAAAAUAGAAGAAGAAACUCGCAUGUUCCCCAGCUUCAGCCAGUUUGUAAAGUUCCUCACGCGUGAAGCCAAAAUUGCAUGCAGUCCUAUUACAUCUCUCCAUGCUCUGAGACCAACGGAAAGAGUUUUGGAGAAGGGAAACAGAGGUCCUGAAGCAAAGGUCUUUGCAACCAGCUCAGAUGGGCAAGCCGUCCCCACAAACUGUAUCUUCUGUGACAAGGUCGGACACAGUCUUCAAAGGUGCCGGAGGUUCAUGCAGAAGACAAUCUGAGAACGAGUCAAGUUUGUUCAAGAAAGAAAGUUGUGCUUCGGCUGUCUGAAGUCUGGUCAUCGCUCCAAGGACUGUGGUGAAAGAAACACAUGUGAUACUUGUGAGAAAGGACAUCCAACUUGCCUUCAUGAUGAUCGCACCAAGGAAGAAAGAAUGUCAACAAAGCCUUAUGGAUCAAGGUACAGUGACAAGCCCAAAGAGAAGGAAAAUGAACAGCCACAAGAGGAGGCAGAAACACCAUUAAAUGAUGCAACAACAAAUAGAGUUGUACAGAAUACAGCGAACACGCAUACUUCCACAAUAAUCCCAGUGUGGCUGUCAUCUGUAAGUAAGCCAAAGCGUGAAGUCCUUGUGUAUGCACUCCUUGACACACAAAGUGACACAACCUUUGUCCUUGAGGAGGCAGUAAAGGCUCUCAACACAAAGAGUGCACCAGUUCAGUUAAAGCUCUCAACACUGGCUUUGAGAAACAUAGUCGUGUCUUGCCAGAAACUGACUGGUCUACAAGUACGAGGAUUUUAUUCGGACAAGCUUAUUCCUCUGCCAGUGACGUACUCAAGAGAGUUUAUUCCUGCAAACAGAGACCAUAUUCCCACACCAGAGACGGCAAAGGCAUGGCCUCAUCUUGAACACAUCGCUGAUGAGAUUGCUCCUCUGCAAAGCUGUGAUGUCGGCCUGUUAAUCGGCUACAACUGUGCUCAGGCCCUUAUACCAAGACAAGUCGUGCCUGGGGAAGAGCAUCAGCCGUUUGCACAGAGAACAGACUUGGGCUGGAGUGUGGUGGGAUAUGGUAAACCCCGUCUCAACUAUGGAGAUGCAAUUGGGAUGAGUCACCAAGUGAUAGCGAAGCAAGUGAUGCCAGGGCUACCGUCCUCAUCAGACCUCACAAGUGAAGUUCACUAUGUCUAUAGAACACAGAUAAAAAAGGUUAUUUUGCCUGCAGAUGUCAUGAAGAUGCUGGAGUCUGAUUUCAUUGAAAGGUCAUCAGAGGCCAGUUCCCUUUCUCAAGAGGAUAUAAAAUUCCUGUCAGAAAUGGAGACUGGCAUCAAGUUAAAGAGCGACGGACAUUAUGAAAUGCCGCGGCCAUUCAAAAGGGAAAGGCCUAACUUACCCGAUAACAAGAUCUGUGCUAUUCAACGCCUGAAGUGCCUUGAAAGGAAAAUGAAAGGAAAUCAUCAAUAUUACAAAGACCACAAGACUUUCAUGGAUGAGACCAUUAGCCGUGGUGAUGCAGAAAUGGUCCCAGAAGAAGACAAUCCAGCCGACCACGCCUCAAGAGGUCUCACAGCAGAGCAGCUACUAUCCUCCAACUGGUUCACAGGCCCAGAUCGUUUUUGGCAGAAGGAGUUACCAAGUGGAGAAGUCAAGGUGGGAGAGAUUGCAAGCGACGACCCAGAACUUAAGAAAGUCCAGGUUCUCGACACCCAGGCGAAAGAAGUUAGGUCGGUGCUGAAUCGAUUGCACAAGUUCUCUGUUUGGUCCAGAAUGGUGAAAGCUAUCGCCAGACUCAAACGCCAUGUGAAGGAAGUUAAAGGUCUCCAGCCAAGGUCCUGUGAAGCCACCAGUUUAGAGGAAAGGAGAGAAGCUGAGCUGACCAUAAUAGAGAUGGUUCAGGAAGCAGCUUUCUCGCAAGAAAUACCGCUACUCCAGAGUCACAAGGAGACACUAGUCAAGGGCAAGGCCAAUCUGUACCUCCACAAGAGAUGGCGUCGAGUUCCACUACUAGCCAACCACUUCUGGACAAGAUGGAAGAAGGAAUACCUCCUGAACCUCCAGCAGAGACAGAAGUAGAACAAAUGUCACAGGGUAGUAAUUUGAAAAUCAUAUUCAGUACAGUUGAUAUGUUUCGGUGGGAGUGUAACUGCAUCUGAGACAGUAUUUCAGCCUAAAGUAUUUUUGUU